AUGAAAUUAGAAAACAAAACAGGUAUAGCAGAAUUCCUCCUCCUGGGCCUCUCAGAGGAUGCAGAACUGCAGUCCCUCCUCUUUGGGCUGUUCCUGACCAUAUACUUGGUCACCGUGCUUGGUAAUCUGUUCAUCAUCCUGGCUGUUACUUCAGACCCUCACCUCCACACCCCCAUGUACUUCUUCCUCUCCAACCUGUCCUUCAAUGACAUCUGUUUCAGCACCACUACAGUUCCCAAGAUGUUGGUAAACCUUCAGACACAGAGAAAAUUAAUCAGUUACACAGGCUGCCUUGCCCAGAUCUGCUUUGGUUUGUUUUUUGCUGGUUUGGAAAAUUGUCUCCUAGCAGCAAUGGCUUAUGAUCGUUAUGUGGCCAUUUGUCAGCCACUGAGGUUUAUGAAGUGGUAUCACCGAUUAGGUAGAGAUAUCUGUGUCACGAAGCUGAGAAGAACCAUGUGGAAAGACCGGAAUGAUAACGUCUGCUUCUGGCGAUGCUGCUGUUGCUGCUGUUCCAGGAUCACACAUUUCAUUGCCUUGUCGCCCCAUUUCUCCAUCAGAGUCAUCAACAAUAGAGAACCCAGAAACCACACCAGUGUUUCAAAAUUUCUUCUCCUUGGAUUGACAGAGGAUCCAGACCUGCAGCCCCUUCUGUUCAGCCUGUUCCUGACCAUGUACCUGGUCACUGUCCUUGGAAACCUGCUCAUCGUCCUGGCUGUCAGCUCUGACUCCCACCUGCACUCCCCCAUGUACUUCUUUCUUUCCAAUCUGUCCUUUGCUGACAUCUGCUUAAGCACAGCCACCAUCCCAAAGAUGCUGGUGAACAUCCACAUGCAGAAUCAGAGCAUCUCUUACACAGGCUGCCUCAGCCAGAUUUUCUUUGUCGUUGGUUUUGCUGGUUUGGAAAAUUUCCUUCUCGCAGCAAUGGCCUAUGACCGCUAUGUGGCCAUUUGUCACCCACUGAGGUAUACGGUCGUCAUGAACCCCUGCUUCUGUGGCCUGCUCAUUCUACUUUCCUUCUUUAUUAAUGUGGUGGACGCCCUGCUCCACAGUCUGAUGGUUUUGCAGCUUUCCUUCUGCACAGACCUGGAAAUCCCUCACUUCUUCUGUGAACUUGCUGAGGUCCUCAAGCUUGCCUGUUCUAGUACCCUCAUCAAUAACAUCCUGUUAUAUUUUGUGGUUGGCGUAUAUGGUGGUGUUCCUCUCUCUGGGAUCAUAUUCUCUUACACUCAGAUUGCCUCCUCUGUUUUGAGAAUACCAUCAGCUGGUGGCAAGUAUAAAGCUUUUUCCACCUGUGGGUCUCACCUCUCAGUUGUUUCCCUAUUCUAUGGGACAGGCUUGGGUGUGAACAUCCUUUCAGUAUUUACACACUCUUCCAGGAAGACAGCAGUAGCCUCAGUGAUGUACAUUGUGUUCCCUCAAAUGAUGAAUCCUUUUAUCUACAGCCUGAGGAACAGGGACAUAAAGGUAAGCUUGAGAAAACUCACACUGGAUUUAGAUGAUGUGAGACAUUUGAACAUGAUGGGUGAAGAAGCUUCUGAUGCUAAUAAUUAA